AUGUUGUUGGGUUUACUGGCUAGCGUGAGUGCCUUCAAACUGUUCGGAUCUCCACAAGAUGGCAUAGACCUAUGUCAAGAUAAUCCGUAUAAUUGUUCCCCAUGCCCUGACCACUCACUUUCCGGAAGAGACGAAGGAUUGGUCUGCUCGAAGAGGAACAUAGCAGAACUCGUUGAAGCCAUGAAUGUCCCGCCUCACAUCCAAAGAUUGGAUUUCUCCCAAAAUGAGAUUAAGCUAGUGCAGGACGGAGCCUUCGCUGUCGUUGGCUCUGUCAAAGUCCUCGAUUUUUCACGAAAUAACCUGGAGACCAUCGAUCCCUACGCCUUCGCCGAAUUCGAUGAGUUGGAGCGACUGUUCCUGUACAAGAAUCAGCUGAUCAAACUCGAAGAAAAUACAUUUCUAGGUUUAGAUUCUUUGUUGGAAUUGGACGUGAGAUCUAAUAACAUCAGGACCGUUGGGGAAAACACGUUUCAAGGCAUUCCCCAGCUUAAGAAAUUGGAUUUCUCCUACAACUUCUUCGAUGAUGUAAAAUCCCUCCGAUUGUCUCCUCUCAAGUCCCUGGAAGAACUGAAUCUUCAAGGGAUGGGAAUCAAGGAUUUCUCCUCCGAAGACUUCAUAACCCUGGAAAAACUUCGAGUUCUCGACCUGAGUCGAAAUGGAUUCAAUGAAGUACCGGCAAGUGGCUUGGAAUCGAUUAGAGACAGUCUAGAAGUCUUGGAUCUGUCAGGAAACCCAAUAACACGAAUUAGGGCCGGAGAUUUCGAACAUUUCUCGUCCUUGAAGGUCCUUCGGUUGAACAAUAUGCCGAAUUUGAAGGCUGUUGAUGGUUUCGGAUGCAAGAGUCCGAAGAACAUGGAGGGUCGGAUCAUCAAAGAACUCCAAACAGAUGACUUUGACUGUCCUGAGACGUUCUGGCAGAGGGAACGAAGUCUUUUCCUACUCAGCGUUGUCUUCCUCUUUCUCACUUUCAUCAUCAUGCUUAUUUACAUCACCCUGAGGAGUGGCAUUACCAAGAAGCUUUCUCCACGUCGCCAAUACAUCCAGAACCGGGGUUAUUCCCGGGUUAAAGGAGGGAAAGACUCCGUGUAUUUGGAAUGGGCCAAUCCGGAUCAGUGAUCCCUUAGAAUCACAAAGUGACACGAGGCUGAUUCCUCCAACUUUCUUCGUUGCCACCGUCGUGAUCGUGUCGUCUGAAGACAAAUGGAGAAAGAGAGUGAGAUUGUUGAAUCAAAAACUCCCAUAUAGUUUGUGCAGAUGCAAAAUCAUUUGUAAUAAAGUGAUGAGUGAUUCGGAGUAGUAGAGCGUGGUCUAAUUAGGAAUCGUAGAGAAUAUCGUCUCGGUCCACUGCAAG